AGUCAACGGUAGGCUGUAAAAUCGAUAUCGAUAAAUGCGCUGUGCAAAUGUGUCGUCUGGUUGACAAAGCUGCCAAGCAUAUGAAUGCAGCCACUAAGAAGAUGCGAGUCUUUGAGACCAAAGAUAAUUAUUUGGAUUUGGUAACAGAAACAGAUCGCGAAAUUGAAAGGUUGUUGAUUGAGGGCUUAAAGGCACACUUUCCCAACUAUAUUUACAUUGGGGAAGAGGGCACUAGCGGUACAUCUUCGGGUCGAAAACUGACCGAUCAGCCGACCUGGAUUAUUGAUCCAAUCGAUGGCACUACGAACUUUAUACACGGCUUUCCCUACACCUGCAUAUCGGUGGGUUUCUGGUUAAAUAAAAAGCCGGAGUUGGCAAUUUGUCAUAAUCCCUUGUUGGAGAUGAAAUUCACAGCACGUCGCAAUUGUGGCGCCUAUUUAAAUGAGUCUCCAAUACGUGUAAGUGGACAAACUAAACUGGAACGAGCCUUGAUCAUGAAUGAACUGAAUUCCGCAAAUUUCGAGCCAAAACUCAUGGCCAUACAAAUGGGAAAUGCUCAAAAGAUGCUGCAAAAAGCACACACGCUGCAAACCACGGGAUCAGCUGCCAUGGAUCUGUGUCUGGUGGCCAUGGGCGCUGCCGAUGGGUAUUACGAGUUUUAUCCCCAUUCCUGGGACACUGCAGCGGGUGUACUCUUGGUGCGGGAAGCAGGCGGAGUUGUCAUGGAUCCAGCUGGUGGAGAAUUCGAUCUGAUGGGCAGGCGUGUUUUGGCCGCUGCCACGCCCCAAUUAGGCUGUCAAAUGGUGGAGCUGCUGGGCGACAUGCAAAUCUAUCAUCCCAGAGAUGACGAACCUUCCAAAUAGAAUCGACAGUUAUAUGACUUUGUAUUAAAAGUCACAAUGUUAACUUGUUGUUAGAAAAUAAAAUUGAAAAACUCGUACAGAAAUUAAA